UCGAAAGUGAAAGCAGCUGCAGUCUGAGGACGCUCAGCCGCCUGUUUGUGUCAGUCUGUCGGUGUGUUCGUACCAGGACGGCAGCAUGGAUGAGACCGAGUGUCCGCCGGUGACCGUGGAGGGGGACUGGAGUCCAGCUCAGACUAAAACCGCGAAGAACAAACUGCAGCUGUACUUCAACAGCAAGAAGAAGUCCAGCGGGGGAGACUGCCGAGUGGAGGCCGAGGACGGAGCUCCGAGAGCGGCCGUCUACUUCCGAUCGGAGGAGGUGAGAGAGAGAGUCCUCGCCAGGCAGAACCAUGAAAUCAUCCUCGACAAUCAAACGGUCAAAUUACGUCUGACUGCUGGAUCAAGUCCAACGAGCAGUGAUGAUUUCUCAGAUUCAUCGACAGAUUCAAAGACUCCAAAGUCGGAAGUUGAACCUGGAAAUGGAGCUUCUGCAGAGAACAAAGAGGAGUCGGAGUCUGUUCAGAGCGUCUUUGUGGUGUUGGACAACGUUAUGGAGAACAUGUCCAGAGACUUGCUGUCCAUGCUGGUGGAGAACAUCUCAGGUUUGGACGAGAGCGGCUACAGUCUGGAGAUCAUCUGGGAGACCAACAGAGCCGUGAUCACCUUUAACAGCCCUGCAGAUGUGGAGAAGUUCCUCACUGUGAGUCAGUCCAGCCAGAAGAUGCAGAAAUACGGACUCACUGUUCGACCGCUGGAGGCAGCAACAAGCGUCAGAGUGGAGAGUCUUACUCCGAAUGUGCUUAAAGACAUGUUGGAGUUGUAUUUUGAGAAGAACUGGGCUCUUCCAGACAGUGUUGUCAUGAUCCCAGAUGAACAGGCUGCCAUUGUCACUUUCAGUGACCCCAAAGUGGUGAAAAGCAUUUGCAUGAAAGAAGACUAUAUGAUGCGGUCCAUUCCUGUUAAGGUGUAUCCAUACUACAAGUCCCUGGGCACCGCCCUGUACGGUAAAGAACGACCAACAUGGAAGAUGCCCGAGCCCUUCACAGAGAAAGUUCACCAUGUAGUCUGGAAAUUCCUCCUGAUGAAGAAACUGUUAAAAAGCAUCAAUGAUCAGAUGCGUCCGUACUUCUGCAGUGUGAACUUGGAUAGCCCUGAUGUGAAACUCAGCCCGCUCCCAAGCUUUUUGAGGCAGAAAGAUCUGACCGCCAAGCAAGUAGAUAUGUGGAUGAGUACCGCUCAAGAGGCCUUCCGUCAGCAAAUGUCUCAGUACACGGCCUUUGAAUGUCCAGUGAAUGCACCUGCGUGGAAAGCUGCAGAGAAAGAGCUCCGUUCAGUUGUCAGGGAAGACGCCGUCCUGGUGAUGGAUACAUCCAGGGGGAUUUUGACUGUGGCUGGACAAGCUGACGAUAUCAAACGAAUCAGGGCUCCUGUGGAGAAUAUCGCUCUCAAAGCCAUGAGUCAGAUUGAACGACAAACAAAUGGUGUCUCUGAAGUAAUGAACUUGCCCCCUGCAAUGUUCGCCAUCCUGAAGCAGGAAGGGUUGAAGAAAGCUGCACUGGACAUUUCCCCUGACAUGACACUUUCCUACGAUGAAGACGCUCAGACGUUAACCAUUGCAGGACUCCCUGCAGAGGUUUUCCAGACCAAGGCGUGGAUCUUGGAGAAGAAUGUGGGUAUGAGUAAAGAGCAACUGGACAUGUUGACUUGCCAAGAUCCAAAGAACAGUGACAACCUUUCAGAGUCAGAGUCCGCUGUGGUGUUGGACAAUGUUAUGGACAUGUCCAGAGACCUGCUGUCCAUGCUGGUGGAGAACAUCUCGGCUUUGGACGAGAGCGGCUACAGUCUGGAGAUCAUGUGGGAGAUCAACAGAGCCGUGAUCACCUUUAACAGCCCUGCAGAUGUGGAGAAGUUCCUCACUGUGAGUCAGUCCAGUCAGAAGAUGCAGAAAUACGGACUCACUGUUCGACCGCUGGAGGCAGCAACAAGCGUCAGAGUGGAGAGUCUUCCUCCGAAUGUGCUUAAAGACAUGUUGGAGUUGUAUUUUGAGAAGAACUGGGCUUUUCCGGACAGUAUCGUCAUGAUCCCAGAUGAACAGGCUGCCAUUGUCACUUUCAGUGACCCCAAAGUGGUGAAAAGCAUUUGCAUGAAAGAAGACUAUAUGAUGCGGUCCAUUCCUGUUAAGGUGUAUCCGUACUACAAGUCCCUGGGCACCGCCCUGUACGGUAAAGAACGACCAACAUGGAAGAUGCCCGAGCCCUUCACAGAGAAAGUUCACCAUGUAGUCUGGAAAUUCCUCCUGAUGAAGAAACUGUUAAAAAGCAUCAAUGAUCAGAUGCGUCCCUACUUCUGCAGUGUGAACUUGGAUAGCCCUGAUGUGAAACUCAGCCCGCUCCCAAGCUUUUUGAGGCAGAAAGAUCUGACUGCCAAGCAAGUAGAUAUGUGGAUGAGUACCGCUCAAGAGGCCUUCCGUCAGCAAAUGUCUCAGUACACGGCCUUUGAAUGUCCAGUGAAUGCACCUGCGUGGAAAGCUGCAGAGAAAGAGCUCCGUUCAGUUGUCAGGGAAGACGCCGUCCUGGUGAUGGAUACAUCCAGGGGGAUUUUGACUGUGGCUGGACAAGCUGACGAUAUUAAACAAAUCAGGGCUCCUGUGGAGAAUAUCGUUCUCAAAGCCAUGAAUCAGAUUGAACGACAAACAAAUGGUGUCUCUGAAGUAAUGAAUUUGGCCCCUGCAAUGUUCGCCAUCCUGAAGCAGGAAGGGUUGAAGAAAGCUGCACUGGACAUUUCCCCUGACAUGAAUCUUUCUUACGAUGAAGGCACCCAGAAGUUAACCAUUGCAGGACUCCCUGCAGAGGUUUUCCAGACCAAGGCAUGGAUCUUGGAGAAGAAUGUGGGUAUGAGUAAAAAACAGAUGAGUGUCCCUCCAGGUCUGUUAGACUUUCUCAAGUCAGUGGAUCCCAUGGAGAUGUCACAGCACCUGUUCACAUCCCGAGGUGUCUGCGCCAUCUACAGCAUUGAGAGCAAAGGAGUUUUGCUGUUGGGGAGUUCUGAUAGUGUCCUUGCUGAUGCAGAAAGCAGGAUGAAAAUGGCUUUUGCUGUGCAGACUCUGGAUGUAGAAGACCCUGAAGUUCUGAAACUUGCCAACUGGGUGGGCCUCAACCAACAGCUGUUGGACACCUACAAUUCCAUAAAGAAGAAAACAGUGGCCAUUCAGAUCCACCCAGAGAGAAGAGACAAAAUAACAGUGUCUGGCUUCCAGGAUCCAGUGAAAGAGGUCAGCUGCAGUCUGACAGAUUUUAUUAGGAACUACUCGCAAGUUCAAGAAACCAUUCGUGUUGAGUCCUAUGCCGUUGUUCAGUUCAUUGACAAGAAAAAAUCACAGGAAUACUCCAGUAUUGCCAAAGAUAAUGAUGUGAGCGUCCAUUUUGAUGAACAGAGACCAAAAAUCAUCAUCGCUGGAGCUCGUCUUCACGUCCAGAAAGCUAAAUCCUGCUUUCAGAAACUGACUAGUGCUCUCUUCACUGACAACUUCAUUGUAGACAAACCCGGAGCUAAGAAGUACUUCCAGUCUCAGGGAAGCCUGUUUCUGUCAACAAUAAUGUCGGAGUUGAGCUGUGUGGUGAUGCUUCGUCCAGAGUAUCAAGAGGAAGAGGAGGAAGAGAACUAUGAGGACGAAAAUGGCCUUUGUUAUUGCAAAGUGCAGACCACCAGUGGAGUUCUGGUGUCGGUAAGCAAGGCAGACAUCUGUAGCUUUAAUGUUAAUGCGGUGGUCAAUGCAGCUAAUGAAGAUUUACAGCAUAUUGGUGGACUGGCUUUGGCACUGCUCAAGGCUGCAGGACCAGAGCUGCAGAAAAUCAGCAAUGACUAUACUGCCAGAUUUGGAAAGCUACGCCCGGGUGAGGCCAUCGUAACAGGUGGAUGUAACCUGCCUUGCAAAUACGUUGUCCAUGCAGUCGGCCCACGGUUUUCUGACUUUGACAAGAAGACAUCAGUGUUGCGCCUGAAGCUUGCCGUUAACGAAAGUCUGAGACAAGCUGAGAAGGUGAAUUGUUCCACCAUUGCACUGCCAGCGAUCAGCUCAGGUGUGUUUGGUUUUCCUGUUAACCUCUGUGCUGAAACCAUAGCUCAGGCAGUGCGGGAGUACUGCGACAGUCCAGGAAGUCCAAGAUCGUUGACUGAGAUUCAUCUGGUGGACAAUAAUGAUAACACAGUGAGAGUCCUGGCCACUGCAGUCAACAGAGAGUUCAUGGACUGCGGACCUACUAUGACAAUACCACAGCAGGAAGGAAUAGGCCUUGGGGCUUCAGGCGGAUUUUGGCGGGGUCGUGGUCGAGAUCAGAGCCAGACAGCCAGGGGCCGUCGGGGUGGUAACAGAGGAGGAGGAGGAGGAGGAGGACGACGUGCAGGAGGAGGAGGAGGAGGUGGACGAGGAGGAGGAGGAGGACGAGGUGGACGAGGAGCUGAGGGGACAGGAGCUGGAUUUCCUGGAGGGAAGCAGGGAGGUCAGAGCCCCAGGGGACACACCAGGCAUGGAGAGCAUGGAGGGCCGGGGAGGAUGCAGCAGACCACAGCGGAGGGUCUGAAGAUUGUUCUCUGGAAGGGAAACAUUCAGGACCAGACUAUUGACGUCAUCGUCAACACCAUCGCAGAGGACAUGAAUCUGAGCCAAGGCGCGGUCUCCAAUGCGAUCCUGGCGGCGGCUGGGCCCAGCCUGCAGGCGUCUGUUCGGUAUGAAGCCGGGGUGGCCACGCUGCGGUACGGCGAUGUCAUCGUCACCGACGGCUUCAACCUCAAGUGUCGGAAGAUCUUUCAUGCUGUUUGCCCUCAUUGGGACAACGGAAGGGGCAAAGCAGAGGAGGAGUUAAUAUCCAUCAUCAGAUAUUGUCUGGAGGAGGCUGAGAAGUUAAACAUGACGUCACUGUCCUUCCCGGCCCUCGGUACGGGCAACCUGAGCUUCCCUAGAGACGUGGUGUCUAGAGUCCUGCUGAGGGAGAUCCACUCAUUCAGCCGCACCAGAACUCCUCGCCACCUGAGAGAGGUUGCCAUUGUCGUUCACCCGACUGACAGCCAAACUGUGGAUUGUUUCACCAGGGAGUUCAAAGGUCAGACUGGUCAAAGGAACAUCCAGCAUGAAGCACGAGAGUUUAAUGAGUCACCAGUUGGACAGUCACUCAGCCAAUCACAGCAGUCCUCAGCCUCCUUCAGUCAGGUGUCGUCCCCCUCCCUCGGUGUGUAUCGGAUGCAGAUGGGCCGCCUCACCCUCGAGGUGUUGUCUGGAGACAUCACCAAGGAGGCCUGUGAUGUCAUCAUCAACUCCUCCAACCAGGAUUUUAGCCUUCGAUCAGGAGUUUCCAAAGCGAUCUUAGACAGCGCUGGAGCAGGAGUUCAGAUGGAGUGCUCACAGAUCGUGAAUUCUCCGGGUUACCAGCCUCGUCCGAUGAUCAUGACCUCAGCUGGUUCCCUGCCCAGCAGACGGAUCAUCCACGUCGCCGGCCAGAACGACCCCACAAAGAUCAAGGACAUUGUUUACUCAGUGCUGAAGUUAUGCGAGGAGAAUAAGUUCAACUCCGUCGCCUUCCCCGCCCUGGGAACAGGUCUGGGAGGGGCCAGCCCGUCGGCGGUGGCGGACGCCAUGGUGGACGCGGUGGUGGAGUUUGUGAGGAAGAAGCAUCCGAAGUUUGUUUGCAGCGUGAAGAUCCUGAUCUUCCAGGCGGUCAUGAUGACGGAGUUUCACAAGAGCAUGAAGAAGAAAGAGGGAGAGGAGGUGGAGGAGAAGAGCAUCCUCACCAAGAUCAAAAGCUCUAUUACUUCAUUAUUUGGCUUUGGGGAGGAGCGGCCCAGCACUAGUGGAUUGGUUCUGGAGAAGGAGGAGUUUGAGCCCACAGUGUUUCAGCUGUGUGCUGACAACGAGAAGGCUGUGAGUCAGGCAAAGAACAGGAUCAAGGAGCUGAUUGUGGCUGAGCAGGCGGAGAAAACCAUCACAGACCAGUAUAUCACACAGCUGUCACAGGCUGACGUGGACCAACUGAGGGACCUGCAGAGGAAGCUGACCGUUAGCAUCCGUCUGGACAAAGGGCAGGGGGGACAGGAACCCAAAAUCCACAUAGAGGGUCUGACCAGGGACGUCUUCACCGCUGAGUCUGCGGUCAGGGACAUCAUCCGAAAGGUGGAGAGGAUGGAGCACCAGAGGAGCAAGGCCUUGCUGGUGAGUGGACUGGUGGAAUGGCAGUUCCAGAUCCACAGUGGAGUGAUAGUGCCCUUUGACAUGUACACCAACCUCAGCCUGGAGGAGGCUCUGGAGAGAAAACAAAUGGUGACGAUCAGUAUCAGCAAUGAAAGAUACGAUGCAGACGCAAUGCUGAGGAAAGCAGUGUCAGUGAAUGGGCGUAAACAGGUGGAGCUUCUGAGAAAAGACUUGAAAGAAGAUACCGCUCUGCCGUCACAUUGGGAUGACAUGAAAGGCGACAUCCUCAAACUGUUUCCUUUGGCUGCGAGAUCCAAAGAAUACAACGAUGUGGAGACAGAACUUCAAAAGACCGGCCUUUCUGCAAACAUCAUCAGUAUUGAACGGGUCCAAAAUACGACUUUGUGGCAGAGCUACCAGCUGCUGAAGAAACAGCUGGAGGUGAAGAACAAACACACAAACAACGAAAAGCGUCUCUUCCACGGCACCCCUGCCAAAUCCAUUGACCUCAUCAACAAACAAGGCUUCAACCGCAGUUACGCAGGAACACAAGUAGGUGCAGCGUACGGCAAUGGCUCUUACUUUGCUGUGGAUCCCGCCUACUCAGCGCAGGGCUACGCCAAGCCUGAUGUCAGAGGGCACAAGCGCAUGUACCUUGCGAGGGUCCUGGUCGGAGACUUCACCCAGGGAAGCCGUGGUAUGAUCGUCCCUCCUGCCAAGGGCUCUGGGAGUGCUUCAGACCUGUAUGACAGUGUGGUUGAUAACACCGGCAAUCCAACCAUGUUCAUCAUCUUCAGUGACAUCCAGGCAUACCCAGAAUACCUGAUCACAUUUACAUGAACUGCCAUGAUCCCUUUGAGCAACAGUUCUGAUAGAGUACCUCUAUUGUUCAUGUUUAAAUCCAUAGUCUACAAUCAUUUUAAAUGAUAUAAGAUCUUUCUUUAAGUGACUGUACGUUCCUGUUAGGUUCCCAAACACUGAAAGCUUCACACUGAAUGAGUUUGAGAUUUCAGUCAGCUUCCUUCAUCUGGCAUUGGUCACAUUGUAUUUACUGUUUUGCUUUGCACUAUAGUCUGAAAUACUGUUAAUUAAAGGAGCACUGCAAAUA